UCCCCUCUAGGCUAACUCUGAUAACAAAACCGACUAACCUAUACAACACUUGUGUACACAAUCUACGAACAGAAUGCUCAUCGCCGUAGUCCCCGCUUCACCCAAAACAGGCCAGGCGGCAAUCCACGCCCUACUCAACUCAACCCAGACCACCAAGCCUAUCAGCGUGAAAGGCGUAUACAGGGAUCUCUCUCGAGUACCAGAAGACUUCCUGUCUAACCCUCAUUUUCAGGCAGUCAAGGGCGAUGUAAGCGACGCAACGAGCCUAGAUCUCACCGGCGUGGAUGCUGUUCUCGCCAUCACCCCUCCGCGAUACGAUGGCUCGGACAUUCUGGCUUGUGCAAGGACGGCAUCCGAAAAUACGCGUCUGGCCAUUCAGAAAUCGGGAUCUGUCAAGCGUCUGGUCUUGCUUUCUAGUAUGGGGGCUGAGCAUGAGUCGGGGACUGGGGAAAUCAUGACGAACCACAUCGCUGAGACGAUCUUGAAGGAUGCAGCGCCAGAGGUCGUCCUGUGUAGAUGUGCCUAUUUCAUGGAGAACUGGGCCAUGGCGGUUCAGACGGCGAAGUCUGAGCAUCCGCAUUUGUAUUCAUGCAUCACGCCUGCGGAUUUCGAAGUCCCUAUGGUUGCCGUCAAAGAUAUGGGCCAAGCCUUUGCAACUUAUUUACUUCAGCCUGAUGUCCCGGAAAGCCCCUACGUUGUUGACGUCCAUGGACCGAGUUCAUACACUCCGAAGGAUGUGCAAAAGGCCUUCGAAGAAGCUGUUGGCAAGGAGGUUGAACUCCGACUUGUCGAGAAGAGAGAUCUAUCGCAGUUCUUUGCCGGCUUCCUCCCAAAGAAUGUAGCUGAAGCUUUCACCGAGAUGACCAUUGCCUUUCUGCCGGGAGGUAUUAUGGCGAAUGCUAAUGCGGAGAAUUCAACCAGUGAUCGAGUGUGGAGGGGAAAGACGGAGUUGCGGGAAGCUAUUCGGGAGCUUUGUGAAGGGUCUGGGUAGGUGAAGGCCAUGCGGGAACUGGUAAUUCAUUCUAGACUGCUGUUGGGACUGGCUAUUUAUCUUCUGGAGGUGUGAACUGAAUUAUCUGUGGAUUAAAUUGUACUAUGGGUGCAAGUGAUUCACAAAAUUGCUUGGUGUAAAGGUAUAAAUUAAGUCAAAGGCCGGUAUAGGACUCUUCUUUACUAAAUAAGCCUAUAUGACUACCACUUCCCUUAGAAAUGGGAUUCUCGUCCUGUUUAAUCAGUGGGUGAUCGCAGUAGGCGAUUUAUU